GAAAUUCCUACAUCACUGAAAACCUUCUAAAAUCGUCUUUCUCAAGAGCCAUCCUGGAGAUGUAGUCAACUAUUUUACGGUAAAUACAUUCGCCGUUCGUUAUUUUACAGUUUCCUUACAGUAUUUUGAAUUUUUUCUGGAAGAAUCCGAAGAAAAUCUUUUUUAAGUGUCACGCUUGGAUCUCUUCGUACUCUGUAAACAGAGUCGGCGAAAAGGACAACGUUUAAAUUUUUUCACUUUCUAGAGGUGCUAGAGGAUUCUAAAUGAGGAUAAAAUAUUUCCAAUAGAAAUUGGUAUUUUUUAAAGAGAAAUAUGGAAAAAUAUCAGACUGCCGGACUUUUAGUUAUUCGAAGACCGUGUCCGGUAGUGUCCGAUGUAAAUUUUCUUAGUGUCACUCUAAUCUCUAAUUUCUUCGCACUUUGUGUACAAGGUCAGCGAAACGGAUAACGUUUGCAUUUUUUCACUUUCUAGAAGCGCUUGAGGAUUGUAAAUGAAGAUAGAACAUUUUCCAACGAAAAAUUGGUAUAUUUCGCAGAGAAAUGUGGAGUUAUUUGAGGACCGAGUCCAGCCGUGUCAUUGAAAGAAGUGUCAAGCGCUUGGAUGGCUUCGUACUCUGUAUACAGGGUUAGCGAGAAACAUCAAGUUCGAAAUUUUAGGCUGCCUGGAAGCGCUUGAGGAUUGUAGGUAGAGGUGGAACAUUUUCGUAUGAAUAAUUUUGGAUUUCGAAGAGAAAUAUGGAAAAAUAUUGGACUGCCGGACGAUUAAUUAUUUUGCGUUUAGUCACUCCAUUUCAGGAACGUCAGCGACACUGACAGUUUGCGUUACAAUUCUUAUUUGCUGCUUUGCAUGGGCAACAACCACGACCACUCUUUCGAGCGCAAGUUCCUCUCCACGGGCAGGAAACUUUUACUGACCCUUGGUCCUAUAUAACAAGGAUGGCAAACUUCAAUUUCAAAAAAUUGAUGACUGAAUGAAAACGUGGUGGAUCAACAUUUUCAUUUUAAAAAGCAUUCAGGCCGAGUUAAUAAAAUUGCUGAAUCAGCAGAAUGAAGAUUAUGAAAGCAACACAGAGGUUGGUAUUUAAUUUGAAUGUACAUAGUGUUUGCAUGAAUUUUUUAUUUACAUUCACCUCAAUAUUUACUUUUUACAGUAUGGUGCAUAACUAAGUUAUGCAUUGUUAUGCUUCCUUAGGCAAACAAACCAUUUUCUUUGUUAUGUGUAGACUUAGUAGAAAAGGCAGGCACAUGUAUAAAAGAUAGCUUGAAGUAAAGUUGUCGUAUUUGAAAAUAGUGUUGGGCGCUUUUUCUUUGUUCUGGUACCAGUACCUGGGUCCUGCCCCUUCUAAAAGGAAUCUUCUCAGAGCCACCACUGACAUGUUUGCUCUCUAAGAUUCAACCUUAUUUGUUUUCAUUAACAUUUAUAGGUUGGUGAAAUCAGUGAGUCUGGAUCAGUUGAGGAAUUAUCAACAGGACAUUUCAAUAUGCCAUGUGACAUGGUUAGAGAGGGUAUGUCAGUCUAUUUAGUAUCAAAAUUUUGGGAAUGUUUUUGCAUCAGCACUUACUUUGUAGCUGCAUUUUCUUCUGUAAAGUAUGUAUUGAUUACAUUUAAGAUUAUAGUUUUCUUACAUGGGUCACUUAUGAAAACUGCCAAAAGUUUGAUUUAUGUCUUCAGAUAUAAAGACAUUUAUUAACCCAUCCAUUCCUAAGAGCGACCAAUGGGUAACUUCUCCCUGCAGUGUCAGUAUAUUCUCAAGCAGCAAGAUGAUAAGAAUAAAUAAUUCUUUCAGUGUAAAUAUAAAAAAAAACGAUAACAGACAUGAAGGAUAAUUGACUUUGAAAUCUUGGGAGUGAAGGGGCUUUGUGAAGGUGCUUUAUUUUAAAUAAAUCACAGUGCAAUGUCCUUUGCAGGAAUUGAAAGUAGUUUAAGAGAAAAAUGGAGAUUGCUGAAGUCAAGGUUAGAGGAAGCAAACAAAGGCUCUUCAAAUGGUAAGAAUAGACAUUUGUAGACUCCCAAGAAUAAAGUGAAGAACUUUGUCUUAGUUUACUUUAAAUCUGCUUUAUGCACCAGAACCCUCUUCCCCUAAAGCAGAGGAAAUUUCAAGGUUGGAAAGGCAGUUGGAGAAUUACAGACAUGUUGUGGAACAACAGGAACAACUAAUAGAAGUAUGUGAAAAUGAUUGCUUAUAAUGUAUUGUUUAACCUGGGAGAUACAAUGGUCCAAUGGUUUGUGCACUGGACUCUGGGCCAAGAUGUCCUGGUUUGACCUUUAACUCCCAAGAUCUCAUUAGUGAUUCUCUUUGCCGUCUGUCAUACAAUUCUUAUGAUGUCAAUUUGGAGAAUUUGGUAUUGCUUGAUAGUGUAUCAAUAAUGUAAGGAGAAAUUCCCUCUUAGUCACUCACAGGAGGUAAAGGAUUAAGACCUGACAUUGUGUUAUUCUUGGGCAAAACACUCAUUACUUUCAUCUCUCUACCCAGGAGUACUGAUAGGUGCUGAUGAAUUGUCAGGGAAGCCUGAUGAAAUUUUUUUUUUUUUUGGGGGGGGAGGGGGUAACCUUGCAAUGGACAAGCAUUGUUUCUAGGGGGGAGUAGAAAUACUUCUAGUUGCUUCAUGCUAAGGAAACUGGGGUUAGCUCUGGCUGAAUGGGCCAUUUGGGUUGGGUACAGACUUAACCUUACUGACCCAAUAACCUGAGAACUUUUAAGAAAGUCAAUAGACCUUUUCUUUGUGAUCUAACUUACUGUUUACUCAUAGCUGACACAAUUUUUUUCUUUAGUCCUUGCAGUCAAAGGUUGAUUCUCCCUCAAAAGAUUCAACUCUUUUGGUAAGUAUUUUGAAUUAUUAUUCAGCCGUAAUGUGAUUCAGCUCUUUUUCAUUAAUAAAAGAAAAUUAUGGUUUUAUUGCUAUUUUAAAGACAGCUCUUGAAUGAUAUUUCAUAAAAGUUUUCUUCCUUCUUGUAACAGGUUGACUCACAGUUGUAUGAGGAACAAGAAAAAUUUGAAUCUGACAAGCAGUUCUUUGCUGAGCGAAGAGUAGCGUUAGAGAAUGAGAGGAAACAGCUGACAGAUGCUGCUGUAAAACUUGGGCAUGAGGUGAUAACCAAGUGGAAAUACAAUAAGCAAACAAAAUUCCUUUGAUUUACAUAGACAGGCAUAAAAAAAUCAAAUUUGUAGAGAUUUCUCUAUAAACGCUUAUAGUCAUUUCCAAAGGAUGGCAGCAACCCUUAUUUUAGAGAGAAAUAGUACUACUGUAUGUGCUAACUUUAUAAGAAGGUUGCUGCAUAUUCAGUGGCCAAACAAAAGGCUGGGAUAUUGGAACACCAACACGAAUAUUUUACAAGCCAAAGGUGAUGGAGAAUGGAGAAUAUUCUUAGAAUGCAUAUACUUGUACACAGUGCACUGAUUCCUUUAUAUUAUUUUUAGCGAUAAUUAUUAUUUUAAUUUUUCAGAGAAAGAAGUUUGAAGAGGAACGAGCUUCAUUUUACAAGCAACAGCUUUUGACCCCGUUAAGAAAUCAGUCACUUGGGGGAAGGAAAUCAAAAUGUAAGGCUUUAUAUGAACUUUGAGUGCUAAUUGUUUCACCAUGGCAUAGCAGUAUUUUUGGUUUUGUUAACCGUCUGGCUGUACAUCUAUCUUCCCAUCAUUCUGUGCACCUGUCAGUCUGUUCCUCUGUCUGACUCUGUCUGUCUCUGUCUGUCUGACUGUGUCUGUAUGUCUGUUUCAGUUUGUCUCUUAGUUUGACUAGGGAAAUGGCCUAAUAUAAACAGUCGGCUGUGCAUCUUGCAGCUGGUUCGAAGGGUAGUUGACGUAUUUCAGUGUAACCUGUUCGUCAAAGUUUUUCCUUUGCUCUAAUUCUUCAGUAGUCAGUUUCAUGUAGGUUUAAAUGAUAAUUUCUCUUUAGCACCAGAUGGCCCUCGGCUUCAAGUCAGCCCCGUGUCGUUUUCACCUGCACCAAGAGGUCUUAUCUCAUCCGAAACCAGAGGCACUCCUAAUAUCCCGCGGGACGGACCCGUGGAAAUCCCGAACACAGAAGAGCUAUAUAAAGCAUUGUCAUUAAGAACAGAAAAUUCUAAAGAUGUCAAUGAAAAUAACUGGUGAGUAUUUGAAAGGAGUGUCACUUUUUCUAAAUUCUUUCACACUCCGUUUAUUGAUGUUCCUUAUUCGUUUAAUGGCAGCACACCUCUCAAAGGUUAUUCCAUAGUAGAGGGAUCUGAGAGGACGUCACUGUCCACAAAACAGUCGUCCUGUGGUGACUCUUUGAAAGAAAAGCAGAUUGACUCGAAUACCCCGGGUGCAAAACAAGCUAGGAGAAUCAGCGAGCAUGCGCGGAAUGUCAAGAAAGCUCUGCAGUUGAAAAGAAGUUCAUCUGGUGAUUUGUAAAAACUGGUACCAGGCCAGCGCGGUUCUUUGUACCCCUCUUUAGCUGGAAAAGAAAUACGACAUUGGCUCAAGGUCAUCGUAGCUUACACUGUAGUCUUGUUGUAAGAAACCAUUUGAAAAAGUAUUUUGUGCCAUAGUAAUGAUCUGUUAAAGUCUGUAAUCGCCCGUCUCCUUAGAUGCUGAUUGAGUGAAGUUUCUUGCCUACAAAUCUCUACAAGAGGCCUAAGGGUGAUCAAUUUCACAAGUACUUGUAAAAGUAACUGCGUCCAAUUCUGAUGAGUGUGUCAGAAUUCUUUUUGAAGUGGCUCUUUGCAUUACUGCAUCAUUUAGUUGACAGAUUUCUUUGUCGCGUGCACCGGUACUCCUUACAUGAAGUUAGUCAUUUAAAACAUCGAAUACCUAUCAACCACCAUUUCCAAAUUAGUCUUAUAAAGCUAUAGAGAUGUUUGUUAGAAUCUUCAUAAAGCACUGACGAGCUAAGAAUUGUUGAUAUCGUCAUAUUUUGCAGUAGCUGAGUUAGCACACUCUCGACGAAUUGAAUUUUACCAAGAAAUGGAGUUAGACUAGAAGUGUGGGGUUAAAAUGCGGAUGUAAAUGUUUAAAUGUAUAAUCUAGUGUACUAUACUAGUUAAAAAUACUGCUGCCACGCGUAAGCACGAUUUUCUUAAAAAGUGGAUUGAAAUUGAAGUCUUCCAUCUCUCUAUUUACUUACUCCACAGUUUAGACAUAAUUGAUCUCAGCAGAAUGCUGAACGCAUUUCACAUAUGAAUCUAUUAACAGCCUAACAUGCCAUAGACUUCUUUGUCUCUCAGUCAGUCAGCAUCGAUCAAGAAAUUGAGAGGACUCAGAUUUUUUUUCCACUCUCAUUACAAGAUGAAUAACGAAUCUCCUCCUUCGAUGACCAUAACAAUUUGCAAUCCUCUCAAUCGAUUCUACUACAAUAUGGUCUGUACUGUACAUUUCUUUAUGAUAUUUCCUAAGGAGCUGACAAGAAUUUUUUUUUUAAGAGCUUCUUUAGUAGGUGAUCAUUUCCUUUAUUCUCUCGACCUUUAUGUUAAAUUUCAGGGGUGGGACGGUAAAGAAAAAUUAAAUGCUAGUUACUGACGGGUGAAAGGGUUAAUUAAUGCACUGUCCAACAAGCAGGUAACGAAUACCAAGAUAACUAUCUUAUUGGGUAGCCUGCAGUGCAAGCGUCUCAUCAGGGCGAGCUAUCGUUAUAAGCUCGCGAUCGUUUAUCCUAUCGGCCAUGUUUGAUUUGGUGUCAGAGUG